AUGGCUAAAGAAGGGAAUUCAUUUGUGAGAACCAUGUUGAAUGGGUGCAUCAUUAGCUGCAGGGCUGCUGAUAUGGAUGCUGACAUGGCUAGCAGAGGUGGCUGCACAUGUGACACUGAGGCUGAAAGCUCAGAUUUGACUGCCAGAAUCAAAAGAGUCUUGUUGAUGAUAGAUCUUUGGAUAUGGAAGAAAAGUGGGAAUAAAAGGAGAAGAGAUGAGAUGGUUGAGAUUAGAGAGAGUCUGUCCAAAGUCCAAAUUCGCCGCCACCUUCCCUCUGUCGGUCUCUCUUCUUGGCUUGGUGACGAGGUUCACUGUCAGAAUCUAAUCGCUAUACGGAUAUCAUACAACCUGUCAAAUUCGAGCUUUAUUUUAGCUAUAGCUGCUUCUGUUGAAGAUCUAGUACCUCAUUUGAUCCAGAAAAUGGAGGAUACAUCAUGUAGUCAACCAAAUGUGGAUGUCAAUAUUGAGAAUACAUCCAAUGCUGCCCCAGAUACAGAAAGUGGAGAUAAUAAGAAUGAUGAAAAGCAACAACGUACUUCCACAUCAAAGGUAUGA